GCGCGCGGGGCGCAGGCGGGCGGGGGACCCCGCGGGAGGCGGGAUUGGGGGAAGGCGCCGGGCCUCCCCUCCGCCCCCUGCCCGCCCAGCCGGUCUCGGAGCUCAGACGCCGAGGCCGGAGCCCGGUCUGCACCUCGCCGGCGGCUGGAGCGCGCCUACCUGUGGAGCCGGGCGCCCCCUCCCUGGCACCUGCGCUCCUCCCCGAACCUCCCGUCCGUGCGUCCGGCUGCUCGCGCGUCGGCUCGGCUCGGACAGGUGGCGCCGGGAGCCCCGGGCAAGGCGCCAGGCUCGCAGCUGGUGACAUGUAGAUGCCCCGGGGUCCAGCCUCGGGACCUGGACGCCUCCUGCCCGGAAAGUUUGGGCCGCGCGCCAUGGCCAAGAGCUGCUCCCUGCACAUCCGCGUGGUGGAAGGCCGGGCACUGCCCGCCAAGGACGUGUCCGGAAGCAGUGACCCCUACUGCCUGGUGAAGGUGGACGACGAGGUGGUGGCCAGGACAGCCACCGUCUGGCGCAGCCUGAGCCCCUUCUGGGGAGAGGAGUACACGGUGCACCUGCCGAUGGACUUCCACCACCUGGCCUUCUACGUGCUGGACGAAGACACCGUGGGGCACGAUGACGUCAUCGGCAAGGUCUCCCUGAGCAGGGAGGCCAUCACGGCGGACCCCCGAGGGAUCGACAGCUGGAUCAACCUGAGCCGCGUGAACCCAGAUGCCGAGGUGCAGGGCGAGGUCCGCCUGGCCGUACAGCUGCUGCAGGACGCUCGGGGCCGCUGCCUUCGCUGCCACCUGCUGCAGGCCAGGGACCUGGCCCCCCGAGACAUCUCCGGCACGUCGGAUCCAUUCGCGCGCGUGUUCUGGGGCAGCCAGAGCCUGGAGAGCGCGACCAUCAAGAAGACCCGCUUCCCACACUGGGACGAGGUGCUGGAACUCCGGGAGAUGCCGGGGGGCCCGGCCCCGCUGCGCGUGGAGCUCUGGGACUGGGACAUGGUGGGCAAGAACGAUUUCCUGGGCAUGGUGGAGUUCUCCCCGCAGAUCCUGCAGCACAAGCCGCCCAACGGCUGGUUCCGCUUGCAUCCCUUCCCCAGAGCCGAGGAGGAUUCUGGGGGCGGCCUGGGCGCCCUGCGGCUGAAGGUGCGGCUGGCCGAGGACCGCGUGCUGCCCUCCCGGUGCUACCAGCCCCUCAUGGCGCUGCUGCUGGAGUCCGUUCGGGGCCCGCCGGAGGAGGACACUGCCAGCCCCCUGGCUGUGCUGGAGGAGCUGACCUCAGGGGACUGUCGCCAGGACCUGGCCACCAAGCUGGUGAAGCUGUUUCUCGGCCAGGGUCUGGCCGGGCCCUUCCUGGACUAUCUCACCCGGCGCGAGGUGGCUCGGACCACUGACCCCAACACCCUCUUCCGUUCUAACUCUCUGGCAUCCAAGGCCGUGGAACAGUUCAUGAAGCUCGUGGGCAUGCAUUACUUGCACGAAGUGCUGAAGCCGGUCAUCAACCGCGUGUUCGAGGAGAAGAAGUACAUGGAGCUGGACCCGGGGAAGAUGGACCUGGGCCGGGCCAGGAGGAUCUCCUUCAAGGGCACGCCCUCGGAGGAGCAGGUGCGGGAGACCAGCCUGGGGCUGCUGACCGGCUACCUGGGGCUCAUCGUGGAUGCCAUGGUGGCCUCGGCGGGGCGCUGUCCAGCCGCCAUGCGCCUGGCCUUCCGGAGGCUGCAGCAGCGUGUGGAGGAGCGCUUCCCGGGGGCGGAGCAUCAGGACGUGAAGUACCUGGCCGUCAGUGGCUUUCUCUUCCUGCGCUUCUUCGCGCCCGCCAUCCUCACGCCGAAGCUGUUCGCCCUCCGGGACCAGCACGCGGACCCCCAGACCGGCCGCUCCCUGCUGCUGCUUGCCAAGGCUGUGCAGAGCAUCGGCAACUUGGGCCAACAACUGGGCCAGGGCAAGGAGCUGUGGAUGGCACCCCUGCACCCCUUCCUGCUGCAGAGCGUUGCCCGCGUGAAGGACUUCCUGGACCAGCUGGUGGAUGUUCAGGUGGAUGAGGAGGCCGGCGGCCCCGCCAGGGCGCUGGUGCCGCCCUCGCUGACCGUCCGGGAAGGCUUCCUGCUGAAGCGCAAGGAGGAGCCCGGCGGCCUGGCCACGUGCUUCGCCUUCAAGAAGCGCUAUUUCCGGCUCAGUGGGGAGACCCUGUCCUAUGCCAAGGGCCCCGAGUGCCAGGCCCACGCCUCCAUCCCCGUGCCGCACAUCCGCGCCGUGGAGCGCGUGGAUGAGGGCGCCUUCCAGCUGCCGCACGUGAUGCAGGUGGUGACACGGGACGGCGCGGGGACGCCGCACACCACCUACCUCCAGUGCAAGAACGUGAACGAGCUCAACCAGUGGCUGUCGGCCCUGCGCAAGGCCAGCGCCCCCAACCAGGACAAGCUGGCCGCCUGCCACCCCGGGGCCUUCCGCGGGGGACGCUGGACCUGCUGCCUCCAGGCGGAGCGCUCAGCUGCUGGCUGCAGCCGCACACACUCAGCGGUGACCCUGGGGGACUGGAGCGACCCGCUGGACCCCGACGCCGAGGCCCAGAUGGUCUACAGGCAGCUGCUUCUGGGGCGGGACCAGCUCAGGAUGAAAUUCCUGGAGGAGUCCCACCCGGACGCAGCGGAGGAGGCAGAUACAGGGCAGGGGUCCUGCCCAGAAGCUCUGGCCCGGCAGAAAGCAGCCGCUGCCCGCCUGCUGGAGGUGCUGGAGGACCUGGACCGUGCCCAUGAUGAGUUCCAGUGGCAGGGCCAGGGGAAGGUGGCCCCGGGCCCCUGGGGGUCCUGAACAAACAAGCCAUGGAGCCUGUUGAGGAGGAGCCGAGAGCCCCAAGGUGGCCUCAACGUCCCCAGCACAGGAGUCUCCCUGUGGCUGCCCCGUCCCUCUGUGGCUAUGGCUGGGAAAUCCCCAGGGACAUGCUCCGUCCUGCCAGUCCCGUCCAGGUGUGGCCUGGAAGCCCCGAGCCAGGUCCAUGUUGCACUGAAUGAGUAUCACCCUGGAUGAGGAGCCCGAUCGUCUGAGCCUGGAGUCUCUGCUCUGCUGGAUGGGCCUCUACCGCAUCUGAGAAGCCAGCCUGGCCCGGAGGGGCUGGAUACAGCUAUACCUGAAACCCCAAUCCCCAUGUGGCCUCAUUGCCCAGAUGGGCACUAAAUGGUCUCAGCCCUUCCUGUU